GCUCUCGAUGUAGCGCCAUCAUCUCCCAAAGCAAGCGCUCGGCAGCCGCAGGACGCUGCCCGGACAAGCCGCAGGAGCAACCACACUCGUCGUCGCGGCCGCUGAGGCCGUCACAACAACAAGGCUAGCGCACGCACGCCGUCGCUGCAGCCUAGGGCAGCCCCCGCCACCCAUACCUAGGUAGCACGAUGGCCGCCGAGGCGCCCCCUCCUUUACACCAAAGCUUCCGCGGCGCCCUCGACGCGACCACGGACCUGGAUGACGACCGGCUGGGCACGACGGUCUUCCCGCAGGGCUUCGCGGAGACGGCCCGGACGCAUUUCCACACCUUACACGAGCGCAAGACGUCGACCAUUUCUUUUGAUGAUGUCGAUGGUGAUAUUGGAGACAUUAAAUCUGUGGAGGACGCCUUCGUGCUGUUCGGCCUGAGACCGGACGAUAGGACAUCGAGAAGAGAGCAGAUCAAGAUGUGGAAGCAUAUUGAAAGGGCCAUCACGGCGGAGAUCAAGCGACUUACCGGAAGUGGCCGCGUCGAGGCCUACGACCGGGCCAAGCAGCUGAACGCGAACUUGGACAACGUGAAGCGCGGCUUCGCGGGUCUUCAGACGAGAGAGAUCGAGCACAACCAGGCGCAGCAGCGCCAGAUGUUCGAGCAGGCGAAGAAGGGGUUAGCUCGUAGCAUUGCCUUAAAUGAGAAAGAGCGGAAGCGGGACGAAAAACGCGAGAUGAAGGCGCUGCGGGCGCGUCUGGCGAAGCGCCAAGCUAUUGAGCAUGAGAAUCUCGACCAUGCUAUAUUGGUGGCGGUGCCGCCCUUGCAGCGCCACUCUUGUAGAGUACUUGAGCUAAGACGCGCAGAAACUUCACUGGCAGCAAUGAAGCAAUAUGACGAUGCGAAGAACGUGCGGAGGAUGCUCGACAAGAUCGAGGGCCCGGCGCGGCGCAAGUACGACGCGAUGAUGGCUGCCAGGUUUGACGUCGCCCAUGAGAAGUUGAGGUUGAAACACAAGGAGCAGCAAGCAAGGCAACAUGAGCACAUCGGGACCAUCAAGUGGUCGUCCAAACGUAGGGCGGAGAAGCACGCUUCCAUCCAGAGGCAAAAGUGCGCGAAUCUCGAUCUAGACAUGCGGCAGGCGAACGCGUUCGACUCGUGCAAGUCGCCGGAGUUAGUGGUGCAUCCCUCAGCGAGACACCAGCGUCGUCGCGGAUUUGAUGCGACGGCGUCGCAGUUGAAUGGGCGGAAGCUGCUCGAUAGUAUUCGAGGCAAGAAGACGGACGAGCACGUCUACGUCGCGCCGGUCUGCGCUACUCAUACUUUUGAGAAGCCGCUGCUCGACACGCACGUGUACGAUAUGAACUCGUCGCACUACAUGGCGUCGGAGUAAGUCUCGGUAAGGCUAAGCGGUUUGCUAGUGUCUUACAGCUAGG